AUCUACUUUUGCAGAUAUUGAGAUUCUUUUAAAAUUCACGGCAACUAACGCAUAUAGAUUAUACUUUUUAAAGACAAUUAGUUUUAUUUGCUCUAUGUAAAUAUAUAGAGGGUGUGGUUUAAGAGUAUAAAGUGAUAUAGAAAAUGUGGAUCGGUCCAACUGCAGUGUAUAAAACUGAGGUGCGAUGCCACCACCGAUUAUUAUUUAAGAAUACCGGGCAAGUUGUCAGCGAGAUUCAAAUCCUUGAUGAGCUGCGGAACUCCACUUUCCUUCGUCUUCCAACGAUCAUAGGAGCGAUCAGAAUGUGCGACGCGGACCUCGUCCUUGCACUGCAGCUGCAGGAGCAGUUUGACCGUGAAAUGGCGGAGAACGUGGCGUCGUCUGACGGCGAAGGGGCUGUUGUCGCCAGUUCCAGUAACAGUCACCAUCACGGAUCCAAGUCCAUGUCGAUCGUGGACGAGUCUUGGGAGCUGACCGAUCCUAACCCCAACGUGCACGCUUUGUUUCUUGAGUUCAAUGCCACCUUCUUCUGGGGCAAGCUGGAUUGUGUUGAAGUGAAGUGGAGUCCUAGAAUGACAUUGUGCGCUGGUUUGUGCUGUUAUGAGGGAAGAGGUGGGCUAUGUUGUAUCAAGUUGAGCCUGCCACUUCUGAAGCUUCGACCAAGGAAGGAUUUGGUAGAGACAUUACUGCAUGAGAUGAUACACGCCCUGCUCUUCGUAACUCACAAUAACAAGGACCAUGAUGCACAUGGCCCUGAGUUCCUGAAGCACAUGAAGAGGAUAAACAACCAGGCAGGCACAAACAUCUCAGUUUACCACAACUUCCAUGAUGAGGUGGACGUGUACCGCCAGCACUGGUGGCGAUGUGAUGGACCGUGCCAAAAGUGGAAGCCAUAUUUUGGCAUUGUUCGGCGCGCCAUGAACCGUGCGCCAUCUGCACGGGAUCCCUGGUGGGCCGAUCACCAGCGGAAGUGCGGGGGGACGUACACUAAGAUCAAGGAGCCAGAGGGGUACAGCAACAAGAAGGCCGGGAAACGGAAGAAAGGACAAGAUACAGGAGCAGUAGAAGGAGCUGCUCCAAGCAAGAAGCAGGCUAGUGCUACUAGUACCAACUAUGGCAACAUAGAGUUAUUUGCAGGAAAAGGUUUCGUCCUUGGUACCAAGUCAGGAUCAUCAACUGCAAACAAAGGAUUAAAUUCUACUCAGCGUUUUCCUUCUGCAAGUGCAAGUGCAAGUUCCGCACACAAAACAGCUAUCAGCAAUCAGUCAACAGCCAGCAGCCCUCCCGGUCUUCCCAGCCUCUCAGGUUCUAAGAAGACAUCAACUGACAGGACCCUACCACAAACAACAUCAGUUUUGUCUGCUAGGUUUGAUAAUGCGAUCAAUGGAUAUCAGAACUCAGGGCAUAAAGGCAAACCCGUUACCAAACAUACACUGACCAAAGAUGGUGCUAAUUCAUUACACAGGCCAAGUGCAAGUAAGCAGAAAACUGACAACUCGAAAAACCUCAAAAUCACAGACAUGUUUGGCCAAUCACAGAGACAGCAGAAGGUGACAGCACAGGCUCGUGAUAAACCAACCUGUUCAGGACAGACAUCAGGUUUGCACGGUUCCUCACAGAGUGGUUCUGGUAUAAAGAACAGUGUUGGACACAGCUCUGUAGAGAGUGAUGUGCAUACAGAGGCUUUGGUGAGCUGUCCCGUAUGUGGAGGGCAACUUCCUGUAGCAACUAUCAAUCAGCAUCUUGACUCGUGUCUUAACAACUGACCAACAUUAUGGAUAAACUAAACUUUAACCAACCAACACUAGAAUUGAUUGGGACUUACCCUAAAUUUUCGGCCAACUCUGUCAGCCUUGUUCAAGGAAUGGACCCGUCUACUGUAGCUUACGGAACGUGACGUCAGAGACACACGACUGCAGCAGAGGGUCGUAAAUGCCAGAUAAUCUGUGUUGCCCCCAUCUCUGUUCUAGUGUUGGAUAGAUAAAGUUCAGUUUAUCCAUAAUGUCAUUUACCAACACAGAUGAACUUUCAUGCCAAGAACUGGCCAACAUGACUCAGGGAUUGACAGCAAUAGACACAUUUUUACUGCAGUCUAGAUUUUACACAUAAAACUGUUUAUUGCAUAUUGUAAGAUUGUAUCUACAGAUGUUUUUUAAGAUAUAUGGAGAUAUGUCAGAGUGUGACUGCAACAAUGACACUUUCUUCUUUAUACUUCAUAUAGGAAUUUUUAGGAAUGUACCAGUACUGUAGUUUAUUCAAGUUUAUUUGUUCUUAAGUUCAAGUACAUGGUGCAAUUGGAUUUAUGGCCUUGUGGUGUUCUAGUUAAUCAUGAAAUAUAGUCAACAUUAUAUAAUAUUAGUACAAUGUAAUUUUAAUCACAGAUACUACUAAUGACUUUUAGUUGCUGAUUGUAUCACUCGCUCAUGUUACAAACAUUCUCUGUGCCAUUAUUAUAAGAUUCUAUUUGAAAUUGAUUACCCUGGUAAGAUUUCCAAAAAUACUUUACUCAUAGGACCAAGGACUUGAUAGGACCUACGUGGUCCAUUUAUUGUGUAGGAUGAACUUGUUAUUCACCAAGAACGCCAAGAAGUUUAGAUGUUCUGGUUUAGGAAUUAGUUAAGUUUAAACUUUGUUGCAAUACAAAAGAAGAAGACUUGCUGACAAGACGAAAGGUUGAAAAGGGUGAAUAUAUUUUGUGAUACAUAUUACCUGUGUCAAAUAUUGCAAUAUCAAACAUUAAAGUAUUUUAUUCUGUG